AUGCAUCGUCGUCGCAAAAACUUCCAUCUCCUUCUCCUUCUCCUGACGAUUGCUCGUAGUAUCACUACUACCGCUGCGACCUCCUCCUCCUCGACGACGCAACGACGACGAAACAUCGAAGACGACCUCGGGUUAGAGCGUCGACCGUUCGACGACAGUUUAAAACAUUCUUCGCGAGACGAAGAAGUUAAAGAGGAGAAUAAAGUAAACGAAGAGUUACUGGAUUACCACGACGCGUACCGAGACCACUCUCACGACCACGAGCACUUGGAGGAAGGAGAGCGCGUCGUGCGUUGGGAGCUGUAG